UGAAAUUUUGUCAAAGAUUAGUCUCAUUUGCAAUUUGAAAAAUAAUAACAAAAUUUAGAAGAAUAUUGUGCUGCGAACAAGACAUGACCAAAUGUUAAAUUAGGCGUCAUAAGGUCGUAACUAUAGCGAACGGUGGAAGGUACGAAUACCAGAUGCAACAUUGUGCUUCAGAAUUUCGAUCUUUUAAACAGCGACUACACUAGUCGAAUAUGUCGCAUGUAUUUCACUUGUAUAUUUAGACGAUGGGAAAUAUAUACAUUGCUACUUCGAAAUAAAGCGUUUGCUACAUGGAAUUUGUGUUUAGUUUAAAAUUCUAUUUAAAAGUGAAUCUUAAUACGAAACGUAACGCUUCGUAAAUUAUAUGAAAAAAUAAAGAACAGAAAUCGUAUUCUCUCGUCGAUCGUGUAUCUGUCGUGACCCUUGCAACUUUCUCAGGUACCUAUGAAUUUCCCAAAGAGUGCGGUACAUUGAGUACAACGUUCUCAUAUAAUACUUGACUCGUGUUACACUUGAUUUAUCAGCAGUGCAUUUAUAGUGCUUCGAGCUUUGGGUUAACAAUGAGAAUGUCAUAUACUACGCGAAAGACCUGCAGUAACAAUCGGACAAAAAGUGUUGAUUGUGAUCGUGGGUAGCAGCCGGUAAAGAAAUGGCAAUUCCUAGUUGGAAGAUUUGGGGUAGAAACCUUCGCAUGAGCCAUCGCCAUCAAAACAGUGAAGACAGCUGCGUGCAACUCGAUCUGUCAAGAGGACUGAAUGAGAAUGUAAAAGAAGUUUUAACUAACCUUUGCCAGCGACAUAAUGUCUCGAGCAUAAAAAAAUUAGCAUAUAUUAAUGCUAUUGUUAAGUUAAUUAGUGAAAAUGAUUCAUCAGAUUAUGGGUAUACCAUCGAUGAUAUAUUUUGCUGCCUACGUGUGGGUCUUGUCCACGAAGCAACACAAGUUCGUGCUGCUGCAUUGCGAGCAGUGCGAUAUAUGCUCAAGAAAGAACAAGAUGUUAUUGCAAUUAAUAAAUUGCAAUAUCCAUAUUUUGUUGCUCGUAGUAUGGAUAUUAAUUUACGAAAUGAAACAGAGGGAUUACAAGCUCUUAGACUCGUUAGAAGAAUUUUAGUAUUAGCUCCAAAACACUUUAGUCCUAUUUUAGCAAGAUCUUUAAUAAGCUUGACAAAUGGAGGAGUUGAAGAAAAGGAUGGAGCAUUUCGAGCAUUCUUGGCAACUCUUUGUGAAUUAGGUGUUUUAAAUUCAAAUUUGUUAAUCAGUUGCGGUGGUCUUGGUGCCCUAGCAAGAGCUGCUAUGACUGGACAAAGUCCUGCUAUAAUUGAAUCUGUUGUAGGAGUUUUAUUAAAAUUAUUAAAUACUCCUGAAACCAGGAGCAGCGUUUCUCUUUUAUGUUUCGCGGCUCCGUAUUGCGAGCUACAUUCUUCGAGUAUAGAUGGAACAAAAGACGAACGAGAAAGAUUUGUAGCUAGUAAGUUGGCAUUAUUGAGCAUACUAAGAUCUUAUCCCGGCGUUUUACAUUUUUGUCGACCUGAUGAUAAUUCAGGACUGAAAGCUAUAGCAGAUAUAUUGUAUGUUGAACAACUUGAAGUACGACGUGCUGUCUUAGAACUUCUUUAUGAAUUGUUGAAUCUACCUUUACCUACUUGGACAGAUGAACCAGAUGUUGCUCUUGCAGCAGUAGAUCCUAGUAGGAUACGUUAUUCCUGGAAAUUGUCAGAAGGUUUUGUUGCAGCUGAAGGAAAAUGUAUUUUACCAUCUUUAUCGUCACGUUGUCCGAAUAUUACAGAAAUACAUUUAGCAUUGUUAGUUUAUACUUUAUUGGAAUGUGGUCUGCACUGUGCUCUUGCGGAAACUAUUAUUUCUAGCGAUACCUUUAUUUCUGUACGUGCAGCUGUUCUUUUAGGUGCAUUAUUGCAUCUUGCACAUUCUCUACUACCCCCCGAAGCGUGUGAUCUGACACCACCUUUACCGAAUUUAUUGGAACAGGCAAGUGCUGGAAAGCACCAGGCCUUAGCUGCUGUAACAAUUUUGGAGCGAAUGCAUACUAUGAUGCGUCGAAGACCAGCACCUGCAAGUCUAUUCUUAGAUAAAAUUUUACAAGCAGGCACUUGGUUAAGGCCAACCAUACCAAGGCGUCAACGAACAUCAAGCAGACAUUGGUUGCGUAGAGAAUCACCGACUACACCUCUCUUAAAAGAUGCUCAAGUACUCAGUUCUAAGGAUGCUCUUGCAUGGAAUUGGCCAGUAAUAAGAUCUAUAUUACGAUCACGAGACGACACAAUGCGAAUACUCCAUGAUUCCGAUCACAGGUUGUUCAUGAAAAGGCUUGUACGUUACUUUAAACCUUGUUCAAAUGGAUAUAGUAGAAUAGAGUUAGCAACAAAUGCUAAUUUAGCACGAGAAGCAACGUUAGCUGGUUGUGAUUUAUUAAACUGUUUAUUGGAACUUCAUGAACCUGAGGGUACAAAACUAUUAAACGAAUUAAUUGGAGAUAUUGCUGAGCAAAUUGCUAGUCUUCAGAUGGCCCAGUCUGCUCACGAGUGUUUAUUUUCACCUCGUCAUAUGUCUACCACUUGUUGUCAAAAGUAUUUUCUAUUUCUUGGACAUUUGAGCCAUUCAGCAAAAGGAACUGUAAUUCUGAAUGGAUUUAAUUUAUUAGAAAAAUUACAAGACUUAGCUUUAACUACUAAUCAUGACUGUUACGUUAAACUGAUAGUUUCAAGUUUAGAUUAUUCUAGGGAUGGAUAUAAUAGAAAAAUAAUGACUAAGAUUAUUACAGAAGCAACAUCAGAUAGUACACGUCUAUAUGCUACACAGUUCCUUCGAUUGAUACUCAGAGCCAGAAUGGCUGAUGCCUAUCGUUGGUCGAUAAUAUUACUGUCCGCUCGAUUAUCAGAUUCCAAUAAAACUGUAGCAUUAACUGCUUUAGAGAUAUUGCACGAAGCCUGCGAAGAACCAGAGUAUUUAGAGGCUUUGUUGCAACAAGGAGGCCAAUCUCGAGAUUGGGAUAAAUGGCUGGAAGAUUUAGGUGACAAGGGGUACUUGUUAAAAAUUCGACUGUACUCACUUCUUCAAGGUUUCACAACAGUUUUAUCUCCUACGGAAGAAUUAGAAAAAUGGAUCUGUCCAGGUGGUUUCGCAGAGCGAUACGUCGGUUUAAUAGAAGGUGAUAUACACGAUUCUUUAACGCGUCGUCAAAGAGAUGAAACUGGAAGUUAUCAUAGAAGAACAACUAAUAUUCCUAUGACACCUCGCGAUAUUUUUAUUCUCCCGCACUUGAUAGGCCAAUUGGCGCAACACGACCUAGGUAUGCAGUUAUUGCUACGUCGAAACGUAAUACAACGCUUUACUCGAGUCGUUCAACGAUUUAGAAUGGAAAUGGGUGGUACAGAUUCGGAAUCAAACUCACGAUGUACUAAAACCAAUUGUUCUGUAAUCGACGAUGUUUAUGUUAUGUCAGAGGAGUCUGGUACAGAUGAGACGGUAGAAUCAAAUAGGUUGGAGACAAUAAUGGAUUCCGAAUCUGUAGAAGCAAUAGAUGUAUGUAGUUCGCAAAAAGUUGAUUCCUUAGUCGAUAUACGUCGAAAAACAAGCUUAGAUGAUUCAAGACGCACCACUGCAGAAAGGAGUUGGAGAUCGGAUUUUAAAGCUCGAGACGAGCAAGGUACUAAUUUAAGUAAAAAGAUUUUAAGAGUAAAGUCUGCGCUGUGGGCGCUCGGUCAUGCUGGAACAUCGGCUAGUGGUGUUGAACAAUUAAAUCAUUUAGGCACUAUAGAACUGAUAGCGUCUAUAGCAGAGACAUGUCAAUAUUAUGCGGUACGAGCGACAGCUAUGUAUACUCUCAGUCUCAUCGGUACCACUCGUGCAGGUGCUGACGCACUAUUGACUUUUGACUGGCCGUGUGUUAGACACAGACGCGGAGAUCACUGGCCAGUCGUUCCUCCUACUAGUACGUAUCCAGCGCCCAGUCCAAUUCCUAUACAACGACAUCAUCGAAGUCUCAGCGACGGGAAACCAGAGUUACCCGAACCAGUAGCUCGGAGAACCAGAAACAGAUCUGAAAGCGCAGCUACAGAUCUCGAAGCCAGGCGCUAUGCUCUACCAGAAAGAGGAGAAACACCAAGUCCUGUUUCGAGCAUUCAAAGAUUAAGUCAACAAGAUGCUGAAGGAUAUGCAAAACUUCGUAGCUUCCAACGUCAUCGUAGGCCAAGUUAUUCCCAAAGUAGCUUAGAGAUGUAUAGUUUAGAUGGCCGACUUUCGUUGCAAAGUUUAUUAGAAUUCGAUUCAUCUCGCAGCUGGAUUGCGGAACAUGUACUCACCUCAACACCUCCACCUCCUGAAGAUAGUAAUGAUAAUUUAUUUUACAUGGGUAUUGCCCUGCCAAAGAGACUUAUAAUUAUUUUUCCGGAUUUGCCACAACCGUCGCUCCGAAAUAUAGUGGACGAUGUACCUAAAUCCAAUAUAAAAUCGACCGAAGUAGAUGAAGAGUCUUGCUCGGAAUAUGAUGUAGACACAGACCAUUGUCGUAUAUGUUUAAUAUGUUAUCACGGAAAAACUAGUAACAAAGAUUCGAUUACAGACCAAGACGCGAAAUUACAAAGAAUAAUACUUAUACACGCUCAGCGGUUGGCAAACCCUGUAUGGUAUAAGCAUAGUCGACAAACUUUACUUAGAUUACGACAACUUCAUUCAGAAAAGUUCCAGGAUAUUUGUUUGUUUUCGGAUAUAGCAGCUCGUUUAGGUAGCGGUACAUAUAGAAUGCCGGCACGCCGAUUUUUGCAAGAAUUAUUCCUAGACUCUAAAUUCAAUGCACUUUAUGUAGAACCGGCUAAUAUUCUAAAAUUAAAUGAUGGUAAUGACGAGAAACCAUUGCAAUCUCCCAUUCCCACGGCACCUGAACCCAAUUCCCGCGUGCCUUCAGAAAAUAAGAUCAAUGGAAGACUUACUUUUUCUGAGAUUCAAGUAACUCAACUGGACGCCGUUGUCGAGGUGGCAGAUGGCGAUACCUGUGCAACGCAAAAAUCCAUUAAAACUCAAGAGAUUCUGCAUAAACCAGAACGUCAGAGCGAUGAGAAAAUAAUAGCCGAAAUUUUAAAACCGGAAGAAAGGAUACGCGUGUCAAAGAGUUCCGAUAAAUUGUUAAAGGUAUCAGGUACAAACAGUGCCAUCAGCCUCGAUUAGUAAUCUCCAUUUCUCAAGCAAUUGUAAAUAUUUUGUAUUAAAAUAAUAAUGAAGUAUGAAAUAAAUUACACUGCCAAAAUUGAAUGAUAAACCAAUUAAAUUGAUAUGCUUAUGAGAUUUUGAUGAUCGAAGA